AUGAUGAUGGGUGAUCAGUUUCGUACUAAAGUGGAACCGUAUUCCCCAAAAUCAUCUCCAAGAGGGGCUAGGUCUCCUGUUGUUUCUAGGCAAGAUUCCACGGGAACCUUAAAAGCCACCAUUUCUCUUGGAAAAAAUCCCUCAAUCGUCCAUAGUGGACCUUUCUAUUUAAUGAAAGAACCUCCUGCGGAAAGUGAUUUAACUGGAGCAGUGAAUUUGAUGGCCUAUUAUGGCCUCGAACAUACCUAUAGUAAAUUCAGUGGAAAGAAAGUAAAAGAACAGUUAUCAUCAUUUCUACCUAAUCUUCCUGGAAUAAUUGAUACCCCAGGACACCAAGAUAAUAGUUCUUUAAGGUCUGUGAUAGAAAAACCACCCCAUGUUGGAAAGGAACUUCGACCUCUAAGCUCUGUGCAGUUAGCAGGCUUCCGCUUACAUCCAGGACCCCUGCCAGAGCAGUACCGCUAUGUUAACCAAGCUCCUAUGAAGAAGCACAAAAGUCGACAUAAGAAGCAUAAACAUAAAGGUGGGGAGGGGGUUGGAGGAGGGGGUGGAGAGUUAAGUGCUGGUGAAGGAGGGGGAGAGGCUCAUGAAAAGAAACAUAAAAAGACUAAACGGCAUGACGAUGAGAAAGAGAGGAAGAAGAGAAAGAAGGAAAAGAAACGAAAGAAAGCAAAGCACAGCCCAGAAGGUGCUACUGGCGGGCUCACCCCCUCCCAGCACUCUAAUGGCUGA